AUUGGAAAAAGCAAAGAAAUGAAACGCGAGAGAAGAGACCGAGAAAACGCUUAGAGCCAAGCGCAAGAGUAACAGAAGGGCCCAAACGAGAAACUUUCGUAGCGUUUCUCGGGAACAAAGAGCCUUUUUUUUUUUUCCUUGUGUUUUCCUGUGAAACUCAGAAUCGCAAGACCCAGAGAUUAUUUUCUGCUUUUCUUUCUUAUUCCACGCAAGAACAGUGAUUUUUUCUCAGGAAACAUAGAAUCUGGAAAAAAAGAAAAGAAAAGAAAAGAAAAGAAAGAUGAUAUCUUCAUUGGCUAUGGCGCCUGCUUCUUCAUGGUAUUCGACAUCAUCUUCGGUGGUGGUUCGAGUGGAGAAGGCCACGAGUGAGUUCUUGACAGGCCCUGACUGGCCUAUGAACAUUGAUAUCUGCGACAUCAUCAAUUCCAAUCGUUGGGUGGCGAAAGAUGUUCUCAAAUCUGUGAAGAAAAGGCUGCAGAACAAGAAUCCUAAAGUGCAGCUACUUUCUUUAACGCUUCUGGAGACGAUGGUGAAAAACUGUUCUAAUGUUGUGCACGUUCAUAUUGCUGAAAGAAGUAUAUUAACAGAGAUGGUCAAAAUUGUAAAGAAGACGAUGGAUACACACGUUAGAGACAAAAUCCUAGUACUGAUAGACUCUUGGCAAGAGGCGUUUGGUGGCCCGGGAGGAAAAUAUCCUCAGUACUAUUGGGCGUAUCAAGAACUGAAGCUUGCUGGUGUAGGAUUUCCGCCACGUUCAUAUGAUACAGCUCCAAUUUUCACUCCACCGGUGUCUCAUCUUGUACAAAGCCCGCCCCGGAUAGAGUAUGGAAUGCCAAGUAAUUCUUCGACUAGACAUGAUGGCAACAUGGUGUCUGAGAUGGAGAAGUUAAGUUUUUCAGCCAUAAGUUCUAUGGGGGGUAUUGUUGAUCUUUUAGCUGAAAUGCUGCAAGCUGUGAACCCAGGCGAUCGUUCUGCUGUAAAAGAUGAAGUUAUUGUGGAUCUUGUUGAGCGUUGUCGUGCCAAUCAGAAGAAACUGAUUGAUAUGUUAACCGCAACCAGGGACAAUGGCCUUCUGGAACAGGGCCUUUAUUUGAAUGAUAUCCUGCAAAGUGUGCUUGCAAAGCACGAUGCCAUAGCGUCUGGUACUACCUUACCAAAUCCUGUCGAGGAUAUCAAGCAUCCCACGACUGAGNGUAUGUAUGUAAAAUUCAAUAAUGACUAG